AUGUCGGGUGUCCUAUGGACCAUCGGCUCAGCAGUGUACAAUGUCUACCUCCAUCCUCUGUCGCGCUACCCGGGGCCUCGACUGGCUGCCGCAAGCAGACUCUGGUUCUGUUGGCACUUGAUUCGCGGCGAACUACCCUUUGUGAUCCAUGAGCUCCAUCUCAAAUACGGAGAUAUCGUUCGCGUCGCGCCAGAUGAGCUUUCAUACACCCACCCCGAUGCGUGGAACCAGAUAUACGGCCUGCGUCCGGGGAAACGAGAGAUCAUGAAGGACCCAACCUUCUACUCGAGCCUGCCGUCGGGUAAGGGGAGUAUUGUGAACGCGGUCCGCGAGCGACAUGGGCACCUCCGGAAGCUCAUGUCGUAUGGGUUUUCGGAGCGGGCGUUGCGCGAGCAGGAAUCCGUGUUCUUCACCUUCGAUGUCAUGGGUCAUCUGGUGUUUGGCGAAUCUUUCGACUGCCUCCAAAGCACUGGGUACAAUCCAUGGGUUGCUCUGAUAUUCGACUCGGUCAGAAUUGGCGGUCUUCUUCGGUCGAUCAAAUUCUGGCCAUGGCUGACCCCUAUUGUGCAACACUUGGUUCCUGCGAAGCUGCAGGAGCGACGAAAAGAGCAGAAGCGGAUCGCACGGCAGAAGGCAGCGUACCGCAAGAGCAUCGAGGAUGGCCGGAGAGACCUUAUUUCCAGCUUGCUUCAACCCGACAGUGGUGUAACGGAUGCCGAAUAUCAGAGUACUGUGGAGUCUCUUAUCAUCGCGGGGAGCGAGACCACCGCGACUCUACUGGCUGGAGUUACGUUUCACCUACUCAAAAACCCGGAUAAGUCGAAGAGGGCGACGAUGGAAGUUCGAAACGCUUUCUCAUCUCCUGAAGAGAUUACCUUUGUCAAUGUUAACAAACUGCCAUACUUGAUUGCAUGCUUGACAGAGGCCCUUCGAAUCUACCCUCCAGUCGGGGAUGGGUUUCCGCGCAAUACGGGCGAGAAUACCGAGGUGAUCCUGGAUGAGCGCGUUCCACCGAAUACACUCGUCCGAGUCACUCACUGGGCAACAUUCCAUUCACCCAGCAAUUUCGCACGGCCAGACGAGUUCAUCCCUGAGCGCUGGCUGGAGGGAGAACAUGGGUUUGAAAAUGAUCGGAAAUCUGCCUUACAGCCAUUCCAUGUUGGACCUCGGAAUUGCAUCGGGCGCAACUUGGCAUACAUGGAGAUGCGCCUACUGAUGGCGUUGGUCCUGUUCCGCUUUGAUAUGGAAUUGUGUGACGUCUCUGAGGACUGGGAUAAGCAGAAGUCAUUCCUGCUCUGGGCGAAGCCCGAGCUCAUGGUGAGACUAUCUCCCAGGACGGUGUGA